CUGAAAACGGUCCAAUGUGGUUAAAGUCUUUCCUAUAGCUGUUGGAGGAGAUUGUUGUAUUUCUCACUCUUAUUUGCUGUGUAAAGUGUGUGAGGUCGUCUCGAGAAUUAACCGAUAAUUUGCCUUUUUAUAUUACUAAUCCAACUUGGUUAUUAUUUAGCUUACACAUAUUUAUAUCACCAAUUCACUAUAGUUUUGACAUCGCUGACAAAAUCCUUAAAAGCAUUUUCACUUAUUUUAAAAGGAACUUAGCUUGAUUUUUUUUUUCUUGCCAAAAUUUCGUGCUAAUUUAGCUGGUUUUGCUUGUCUACUGAACAUAUCUAGAAAUGACAAUUUUUCCACUUGCUCACCACUUGGCUGAAUUUACAAAGAAUAAGGUCUCAAGCCGAUUUUCAACUGAAAUUCCUGCAACUGAUGGAGGUGAAGUUCAUCCCAACCCAAUUUAUCUCAACUAUGGUUGUCCCAAUGAUGGGUUCUUUCCCAUAGAAAAGAUUACAGUCCAUACUCUUGAUAAACCAUUUCAAACCAAGAAAUUAUCAAAAGCCGAAAUUGAUAACUUGGAUUUAAAGACUAUUGAAAUCGUUAAAAAGGAACUAAAUGAGGAUCUAAUUUAUAUCUCCGAUGGUUUCCAAUAUAUGGCACCAAGUGGCCAUGACAAUCUUUAUAAAUUUAAUAAAAGUUUGGUGACUUUGUUAAAUAAACCAAAUUAUGAUGACUGGGAUUUGGUUAUUACUCUUGGUGCUGCUGAUGGUUUAAAUAAGAUAUUCAAAGCGUUGAUCAAUCCCGGUGAUACAGUCUUAGUUGAAGAAUUUACUUUCACUCCAUCAACUUUUAAUUUAUCUCAAUUUGGUGGAAUUGCUGUUCCUGUUCCUGUUGAUUUCAACGAAAAAAGUGAGGGAAUUAACGUUUCAAAAUUGGAAAACUUAUUAGAUAACUGGUCAGCUAUUCAUCCAGAUUUAAGGAAACCAAAGGCUUUAUAUACCAUUCCAACUGGUCAAAAUCCCAUUGGAACAACUUCAAGUUUGGAGACAAGAAAAAAAAUAUACAAAAUUCUUGAAAAACAUGAUGUCUUGAUCAUAGAAGAUGAUCCCUAUGGUUACAUUGUAUUGAACGAUGAUUUUAUAAAUCGUAACGUUACAAGAGAUGAAUAUAUUAAUAAAUAUUUAUCGAAAUCCUAUUUAACAAUUGAUACUUCUGGUAGAGUAUUAAGAGCCGAAACCUAUUCAAAGACUUUUGCUCCAGGUUCAAGAUUAGGUUUUGUUGUUGGUCAUAAAGGGUUUAUUGAUACAAUAACUACAAUUUCCUCGUUAUCAACAAGAUCUCCAUCUGGUAUUUCUCAAACUAUUUUAUAUAACGUUAUUAAACAAAGGGGUGGGUUAGACAGUUGGUUAGAUUGGAAAAUUGAAAUCUCAAAAGCUUAUUCCAUUAGAAAAAAAAUAUUUUAUGAUUAUUUAAAAGCAUCAAAGAUUAAUGAGAAACAUUUCAUUGAAGUAAUUGAGCCUAAAAAUGGUAUGUUUUUAUCGGUUAAAAUCAAUUUUGAAUUGAAUGAAAAAUUAAGGAAAAAUGAUAUUUUUAGAAAUUUGGCCUUAUUGAAUAAUAAAUGUUUGAAACAUGGUGUUAUUGUUAUUCUAGGCAGAGUAUUAGCUGUUGGAGAGGAAGCAAUAAGGAAAUCUAAUUUUGUUAGAUUAACAUUGACAAUGGCAGACGAUGAGGAUGAGUUAUUAGAGGGAAUUAAGAGAUUCGCUUCAAGUAUCGAGGAUUUAUUUGAAUAUGGCAAUUGAUUUAUAAAUAGUUUGAAUUUUCAAUAUUCUAAUUAAUUUUAUUUUAUUUUAUUUUACUUUACUUUACUUUACUUUGUUUUGUUUUGACUUUGAAUGUUUUUUAUUAAUAACAUUAGUAUUAAUAAUAUUUUUCAUUAUUAAAUUUAUUGAUUUAUCCUUUUUAAACCAAUAACUUUCAAACCAUUUUUCAAAGUUUUUCUUUUUUUUCAAAUGUCUUAA